GUUUUGUUUUUGCUUUUUCUUACAGAAUGAGAGAAGUGAAGGAACUACAACUGAUUUUUAUAUUGUAAUUUGAUCAAAAUGUGUUUGGCACAAGAAGAUUGAAUAUUCUUGCUUCUUAUGGAGUCAUUAUAAAUAACAAAUGGCUAAGGUUCUGUAAAACUUAACCACCAGUCUGAAACAUGGAGAUGCAGCUAGACCCCAUGAAGGAUGACUUGCCCUUAAUGGCCAACACUAGCCACAUGCUUGUAAAGCACUAUGUUUUGGACUUGGAUGUGGAUUUUAAAACUCAAGUUAUAGAAGGAAUGAUAGUUUUAUUUUUGGAGACAGGGAGCAGAUACAGGAAAGCCAACAGUAGUGGUAAAAAAGGCUGCCAGUCACACCUUAAUGAAACCUGUAAAAUUGGGGCAUCAGAACCCUGCCACAAUUCUGUGUCAAACGGAAGUGUCUUCUCAUCUGAAGUAGAAUAUAGUGAUUUUGCUGUCUGUGGUAAAUGUGAAAAAGAUACUUCUGAUAAAAAUGGUAACCAUAGCAACGAGGAGCAAACUUCUAGGAUUUCUAGUUCAAAGAAUUGCUGUGACAGAGAGAGCCAUGGGAACAAGGAUUUUCUGCUGGUAUUGGACUGCUGUGAUUUAUCUGUGCUAAAGGUUGAGGAGGUAGAUAUUGCUGCUGUGUCAGGCAUUGAGAAAUUCACCAUGUCUGCUGAACUAACUGAUGUUUCAGAGGAGCUGGAAAAUCUCAGAAAUCAGAUUGUACACAAACUUGUGACUUUACCUUCAGAUCGCUGCCAGGAACAGCUAUACUAUUUCACUUGCUGCAGCCAGGCACCUGGCUGUGGAGAGCUUGAGUUUACUACUGGCAGCUGGAGCUUGGAGAUAAGGAAACAGGGAGUUCAGACUCCAACAGACUUUCCUCAUGCUAUAAGAAUACGGUACAGAACCAAACCUGAAGGAAGAUCUGUUAUAUGGACUACCGACCAGAGUGGCAGGCCAUGUGUUUAUACGAUGGGAUCACCGAUAAACAACAGAGCCCUUUUCCCAUGCCAAGAACCACCCAUUGCCUUGUCAACAUGGCAAGCAUCAGUCCGAGCAUCUGCAGGCUUUGUUGUACUGAUGAGUGGUGAAAACUCAGCAGAACCAGUCCAGCUUCAAGAAGGUAUCACAAGCUGGUACUACUAUGUAACUAUGCCAAUGCCAGCAUCCACCUUCACUAUUGCUGUGGGGUGCUGGCUGGAGGUCAAACGGCCAUGCUUCACGGCUGGUAUCCAGUCAGAAGUUGAGUUUUCCGUGCCAUUUUCACAAGCUGAUUUCAGAUGGCAUAAAGAAAGCUGUGGUCAUGUGGAAUAUCCCUGCCGUUUCCAAAAUCAUGCUGCCACACUGCAAAGAGUCAUUCCCUAUAGAGUCUUUGCUCCCUUGUGCCUCAUGGAAUGCUGUGAAGAACAUUUACUUCAGCUUAUUCCUCAGUGCCUCUCAGCUGCUUACUCCACAUUGGGCACCCAUCCCUUCUCCAGGCUUGAUGUUUUGAUAGUUCCUUCAAACUUUUCCAGCCUGGGAAUGGCUAGGUAAAGAAUGCUUUUACUAUCUUCAUUCUGUAUUUUGUUAGACUCCUUUUAUCAGCUAAUUAAUAGAGUAAAAUUGCUAUAAUAUAAAACUGUUCUAUGAAAUCACAUUUAAAAUGCUAGUUGUUGCUAGCUGAGGUUUGCUUAGUAGAUUUACUAGCAUACUUUGUGCUGAGAUCUUUAAUUUCAGUGUUAUAAGGACUUGGGAAGUAAAAUAUAAGUUCUAAGACAUGUGUCUGAAUUUCCACUUUGCAAAACUGAAGGGUUUUUUUAAUUCUAUUAAUUGCAGUACUUGAUGCUAAUAUAAUUUUGUGGUUUUUGUUGUUGUUGUUGUUGAUGACUUUAUCAUGGUGUCCUGACAGAACAUGUUAAAAUUCAGAUAUGUAGUUUAUUUACAAGUCUUUUUUGGUUUUAGAUUUUCUAGUCAAACACUGGGCUUUGGAAACUGAGGAAGGCGAUGUUUUCAUUUCAUGUAAUUGUGGAAAAUAAAAAGCUUAAUUAAAUAUUAUUAUUUUGACAGUACAAUUUCCAGAAGAAUUUUAGCUCUAGUACUAGUACAGCAACAUCUAGUAAUUAAAAUUUCCCAUUUAUUUUUUAAUUUUCUUAAAAAUAUUUAAGUUGCCUAUCAGAUAGCAUUUACUAAUAGCAGGGAAUAAAAUGCUAUUUGUAUUACCGUUUCCUAGUACCAACACUAGACUAGAAGGCAUGUAUAUUAGAGUAAGACAUACAAAGGUGAAGGCUGAAAGGAGAACUACACAGAAAAAGAAAAAAAAAAAAAGUGAAAGCAGUGAGAGAUGUGUAGGCCAAAAUGAUAAUAUUGAGUAGGAACAAUCUUCAAGAGUCUGUUCUUGGUAUGUUUCUGCUCUUUGGGAAGAUGGCAGUGCUUCUCAUGCAUAUACCUUUCCCAGAAUUUGUGGGGAAAGAAUGCCUGGAGGGUGUUCUGUUGGAAAAACAUCUGUGGUUAUCUGAAUCCAGACUAUGUAUUUGGAAUUUGUAAUAAUGCUUUCUUUGUGGAGGAGAUGAGAAAACCUCUGUGUAUAUUUCCUUAUGCUUCCUCUAAUGACUGUUCAUUCCAAAUGAUCCCUAUCACUGAGUAUAAGUAAAGGAUGAAAGAAGGAGCAUGCAUACUUCCUGAUGUUUUCAAUUCAUCAGUUCAUCAAGCCAAGCACAUUCAAAUUUUUAAAUUGAAAUAAAAUAAUAAGUUAUUUAAAUGUCAAGCUGUUUGGACAGCAAAGGGAGUUAUUAUGUGACUCAUAAGAGCUCGCUUGUUCUUGUUUCAUGUGAUAUAUUUUUUUGGAGAUUCUUUGCAUAAAGCAGCAGCUACUUACAUGGUUAUUCCUGCCCAUGCAAUGAUAAUUACAUGCAUGGCUUCAUUUAAGACUAAGUUGAGUGCAAAACCAUGCCCAAACCCACAUUAUUAAAAAA